AUGACUUCUUUUAAAGAAAAGGUUUGCGACGCUUUAAAAAACAAGAAUCAAGAUCUUUUAAUUGAGUUGCUUCAAUCGGCCUCCAGUAAUAAUUUUGAUUUGAAACAAGAAAUUUAUCCAGAUACACUCCGAUUAAUUCCUCAUGAAGCUGCUGGAUUUGGAUUACUUCGAGUUGUUAAAUUUAUUAUUUCCGAUAUGAAAUUUCCUGUUAAUUUCCAACAACCAACCACAUUGUUGACUCUGUUACACAUGGCUUGUCGGGAAGGACACCUUUCUGUUGUAAAUUAUUUGAUUGAUUGUGGAGCUGAUGUAAAUAUUACGGAUCGAGAAAAGUAUACUGCUCUUCAUUAUGCCGUUGGAGGAAAUUAUACUGAAAUUGCUUCAAGUCUUGUUAGUGUCACUGGGAUCAAGGUGAAUGAAAAGGAUUUUUUGUUUAGAACUCCACUUAUGAGAGCUGUUGAAGCAUGCAAUUUCGAUAUUAUUAAAGCAUUGGUGGAAAAAGCACAUGCCAGUGUCAAUAUUGUGAACGAUUCAAAUGGAUGGACAGCUUUGCACUAUGCUUCAUACGCUGGUUUUCAAGAAAUUUGUAAAUAUUUAUUGAAACACGGAGCUGAUAGCACCAUCAAGGAUAAAGAUAAGAGAUCGGCAUUAUAUUAUGGAUAUGGUCAAUUUGAUGACUAA